AUGGAGGCUAGGCAGCACCAGUCGCACCAACUUCGCCGAGACCUUCGACGCAUUCAGUGGCAACAAGAACUUUGCCGACAUGGAACUCAACAGCGUGGUCUGGCUCGAGACCAGUCUUCCCGAGCCAACGAGACCAAGCGUCGCCGUGCCUCUGACCGCUUGAGGGACGCAAUUCUUGGUGACUCACCCCCUCCCCAGCCCAAGAACAAGCAGCCCUGGCACAUGUCUCCCACGCCAGCCAGCCCAACCCCCGCUGGUCAAGAUCCUGGUGAUGGUGAUAUGGCGGCUGCAACCCCUGUUCUGGGUGAUCAAAGUCUUGGUAAUCAUGGUCUUGGCGCCCAGGGUCCUGAUGAUCAGGGUCCUGAUGAUCAGGGCCCUGAUGGUCAGGGUCUUGGUCUUGGCAUCAGUCUCGAUGGUCACGGUCGUGGCCAUGGUCCGAACUUGGGCUUCACUGGUCCUCCUGGUGCUAGUCGUGGUUCAGCUCAAGGCGGACUUGGCUUCAAUACUUCGGGAAAGAACGGCGUGACUAUGAAGGAUAUCCUCGAGGAUCCAGCUAUCCCCAAAGUCUUCUUCGACGUCCGUAGCGGCGCUGACGCGUUGUACGCUCACUUCAACAUUGCCCUCCAGGGAGUCGAGGAUGUGCAACUGAUGGAGAAUGUUGCGCGACGAAGGGCCAUCCAAGAGAUUUCUCACGGCCUCGCUAAAUGCGUCGAGCCUCACGGUAGUGACAGAGCGCUUGGCCCGUGGCGGGAUAACGAGACUGUCAAUGGGAGCUUUGGGACCAAUACGACAGCUUGCCCGUUAAGGCCAAACUACAUUAACGUUACUCCUGACUCGUGA